AACACAUUAGAUGAAAUCGUCGGUGGUAUUCGUAGCGUCGUGACGCCGUUUUCAAAGUCGACGUCGUCAGUUCAGCUGCGGCUGAGGUACGGAAAUAACCGCGAAACUCUGGCCAAAUCCGCGACGCCCGUGAAAAUACGACGCCGACGCCAAAAAAUAUACCGCGCUAGUUUCAAAUUUUUUUGUCACAGUCUCUUUUUUUAAACAUAUUUAAUUUGUGUUGCUGUGGUAUUAUAGUAUGACUACGAUAUGGCUUAGGUGCUGACAAUAUCAAUAAACUAAACAAACGUCUGCAGAUAUAUCCUGUACCCUAGGACCGCAUAUUUCCCGCAUAUGAAAUCAGUAACAAAAAACAGAAUCCCCACUGGUAAACAAAAGCAACUUUUCGCAAUGUGGGUGCCUUACAGAGCAUGUAUGUCAUAUUCCCGGCAGAUGAAUUAGUCUAUCUGUCAUAUGGUCACCUCAUAUACGUACCGUCAACCCCUGAACCCGAAAAUCAAUUGCGAUCACCCCCUAUUAGAACAUCCAACGAAGAAAGCGAAUUAUUUUCACCUAGUACAUCCGGACCUAAUCCCGAGCAUAAAGAAUCAAUCACUAGUAACGAGUCAUUCAAAACUAUCAACCGUACAAAAUCGGUGAAGUCCAAACAGAAACCUAAGGACGAAGUUUAUUGUAUAGGUAGUAAAAGUAUAGAUUUAGAAACUAAGGAGACUACAAAUAAAAUAAGAAUAGAUGGUCUGAACUAUGAAUCUAGAGGAUCGUCUGAAAAUCGUUCAUUGAAAAGAGCAGAUAUUCCCGAAUUUUCCAAUACUAAUAUUCCAGAACAAUAUUAUGAAAAAACAACGAACCUUAAUCCCGAAUCUAGUUUUUUUUUGAAGCGAUACGCCACAAAUAGAUCUAUCAAAUCAUAUAAGGAAAUAGAGAAGUCUUCUUCCCAGUGUACUGCUAAAUUUAAUAGAUCUGACUUUUUGAAUAGGCCCGCUCAGUCUAAAACUGAAAUUGAACAGCAAUUCAAUGAUUCUAAUAUAAAUGAGGAUGCUAAUCGAUUAGUGAAAAACAAAAAUCUAACAGAUAACGAUUCUAGAAGUAGAGAAAUACCCAACACAUCUUUAAAGAUAAAAAAUUCUCCAGAAACUCAUUCUAGCAAACCUAAGACAAGUAAAAUAUCAAGAACAAAAGAGGCUGAUAAUAUAGGAUGUAAAACCCUAGAGCGUGGCUCGAUUUGCAACAGUAACAAAUCUAGUAAAUCUAGUAAAAACAGCUCUAAUUCGUCCAAAUCAAUUAUAACUACACGUCCAAGAACUGUGUCGGACUCAAUAAGUAGCACGAAGAUAGAGCCAAGGAAGAAGGUAACGGGAAGUUCCUUUAGGUCUUUUCUUGGUUCAUCUGCGCUGUUAAGAGAUAAGACACCAGAUCCUCCUAUCAGACCUGAACGAAAAAAAGACAAAAAAACAGUACAAACUAGUGAAAAUAGUGAUAGAAGAUUGUCAUAUUCCGAUUACUUAGUUUUAAAUAGAGAACGUGUACCUAGAAGUGAUAUCAUAAACACUAGAAGUGACAAAGUACAAGAAGUGCGCGAAAAACCAAUUAUAAAACGUGAAAAAUCACCUGGUUUGAAGUUUUUUCGCUCGCAGUCUUCAAGUCCUCGAACGCUGGGACGUGACAGAACUGCUUUCGACUUUGACGGAUUAUUUAAGCACGAACCUCCUAGUCCUGGAAAAUUAUCAGUUAAUUCGGCACCGUUAAGGACGCCACCGAGCUCCCCUAUCGAAUCUGAAUCCAACGCAUUAGGUCAUCAAUCAGAAAAGUCGCCGGCAAAGAAAAAACAACUCUUUCAGAACGUUCGAGGAGCUGGUACAACACCAAAAAAAGCAGCUGUUCAGGAACGAGCAAACAUGGCAGGAAAUGAAUCUCCUCUCAAGGAUCUCACUCAUCCGGCAUACAACGAACACUUGAAAUCUCACAAUGCUGUUAGCUUCAAGCUUAUUCGUACUGUUUCCGAUUUCACCCAACAGUUGGGCCAGAUGUACGAGCAUCACGCGGAAGAGCUUCAAAUGCUCGUCGCUAACUUCCGGAAACGAAACGGGGAACUUAGGAAGGAAAGACCUGCUUGUCCUAGUUCGUUAUUUCACACGUGGGAAACACUACUACAAGAAGUAGAGAUAGAUUCUCAAGCUCUUGGAGAUAUCGCUUCGAUUCUCGGAAGACAAGUUUCAAGGCCGUUGCUGGAAAGGUCCUUCCAUAGAAAGAUACAAUCGAGAAAAGUGUUUUCGCACAGGGAAAGCUAUGAAACUAUCAUCGCGAAAACAGAAGAAAAACUAGCAAAGUGUCGGCAAGAAUACAAAAGUGCAUACUUGGCAUAUUUAUCAAAUCCUUCAACUGAAUCGCUAAGCGCUUACUUCAACACUCACAAUGCUUACAUACAACAACUGCACGCAACUAAUGGGAUGAUGGAGGAAUAUGGGAGACAUACUUUACCGUCUUUACUACAGGAAUUAGAAGACAUUUACGUUGAUUUAUGCUCAACUGUGACUGAUGCGGUAGUACAGGGUGCAGAAGUAGUCUCAAAUAGAUCUAUGGAUCAAAGUAGAAGAUAUGAGAGCCUUAUCUCUCAAUGUAAGGCUGUUUCUGCUAUAUCUGACCUCACUCACCUUUCUCGAUCGUUACCCGUUCCACAAGGAAGAGGUCCGAUUUUACGAAGAAUCUUUGUUCCUCCUCAACCUCCUCCACAACCAACAGAUGUCAUAGAAGGAGAAAUGCAAGACCCACAAAUUAACGAUGGUAUACCCCCUCCCUUAAGAGAUGAACUAGUGAUAGAUAAACUAUCAGCAGUACAACUAAAACCAAGUCACGAUGUCCUAAAAAAAGAAGCAUUGGAUUUAGAUGUGCAAAUUCGUCAAAUACAAGAUUCUAUAGAUACAUUGCUUCGCAUGCAACAAAAGUCCGUCGAAUCAUCACUUUAUAACAAAGCCAACGAAUUGCAAGAAGACAUAUCAAUGAAGAGGUUCGACCUUAGAGUUGCACAGAUACAUCUUAGUGCCAUCAAUUCACAGAAAGAAUUGUUUUCGAAUAAACUCGAAGGAGAUACGGUAACUCGCGAACGUAAAAUGUCAUCCGCAUCUCAAGCAAGCAUGAAAAAUAAAUGGCUCAAGGCUUUUAAAAGUCUUAAAACCCCACCACCAGAAACAGAACCAAAAAAAAACCAAAUGUAUCAUGCAGUUUCAACGAUCAUGUCUAUGAGGAAAAAUGGGGCCGCUGCUACAAAAGAAUUGCUUAAAGGAGAUCCGGAUGCGCAUAACUUUCAAGAAAAUACAUAUAAGAAAAUCACUCCUUGUGAUGUUUGUUCACAGGUACUGAGAGGACAUACAAGGCAAGGUCUGAAAUGCAGGAUUUGUAAAAUGAAUAUCCACUUCGACUGCGUAGAUAAAGCAUCGAAAUGUCAAACAAAAGCAAGACUUCUUAGACGACAAAAAUCGACAUCUGAAAUCGAAACCAGAAUCCCAGACAUGAACCUCGACGAUGAAAAAACUACAGAAGUUGAUCAAAUUUAUCAAGUGCUUAAACAAGCUACCGAAAUAUCUAACAGCAAACCGCGGGUCAAUGUAGAAAUAAUAGCUCCAGUGGAAAAAUCCGCUUCUGGUUCUAAUCCUGGAAGUUCCGGUAGCUCGGGACAAAGUUUAAACCGCAGAGGUACGCCUCUGCAGCCAACUAGGAUUCCUGGAUCAACCUUAGCAGUUAUUAACCCCGCUCCCUGCUCUACCAGUUCAGCUCCCCAUUCUCCUAGACGACAAAAACUCAACCUACGGAUGAAGAGUUUAUCUUUGGACUCACCUGAAAGUACAGAGCAUGUAAGAAGAGGAAAACAUCACGGAACGAAUGCUUCCAGUGAUCCGCAUUCGAAUCAAAGCAGCUCUUCAAGGAUUCAGUCCCCUUCAAGUCCUGUUCAUAAUCGCCGACUGCUUUCUGCCAAAAACAUAAGAAUGUCGUCUGUAGAGUUACCUGACGAGAACGAUAAGAGCCCUUCAUCCGCUAGUGCUUCUCCGUGUCCAAGUCCAGUAGGAGGAAAGAAAUCCCAUCGCCUGUUACCAACCAACCUCUACGUAGUUCUGUACAAUUUCAAAUCAAGACACCAAGAUGAAUUAGAUUUGAAAGCGGGAUACAAAGUAACAGUCAUUGAUACUUCCGAUCCUGAUUGGUGGAAAGGAAAAUGCCUUGGGAGAAUUGGAUUUUUUCCUUCGAAAUAUGUUUCGAAAUUAUCUUCUGGAGAAAAACCAUUACAAGUCACCCAUAACCUACAAGUGUCUGAUGGUGACAAUGGUCUGAUGCUUCUCAGGGACCAAAUAGUCAUACAAAUUGGAGAAGAGUUGGACGGUAUGGUGAUGAUCCGAUCUGGAGACAACCGCCAGGGUAUAUGUCCAAUAAAAUUUCUCCAGGAAGUGUGACAACGUAGUGAAGUAGCUUGUCAGGCCACUUCACCUUGUAAUUGUCUUCAUAAACAGCAAAAUGCACCGCAAACCACCCUUAAGAAGAUUUAUUACCCCAACCCCACGCCAAGAUUGAUCCAAAAUAAUGUUUCGAAUAAACAAAACAAUAAAAAGAAUAACAGUCACUCGGGAAGUAUUUUACAAUAUUAUUACAAUAAUUUCGGAAGGAAUAACAAAGAUACUAAUGUUUAUAAUAACGUUUUGAAUAGAAGGAAAACGGAAUUGGCUUUUCUUCAUGGCAAAGCACCGUUUUCUUCUACAAAACGCCCACUUUCUAUCCGACUUUCAACUCCCAAGCACGUAGUUAAUAUCUUCAAAAACAAAUCCGACUCGCAAAAAAGACCCUUAUUGCUACAAGGAUCGCAAACUAUGAACAAUCACCCAAAUUUCCAAAUCAUUCCCAAUAAAACUGGUUUAAAAAUUUCCUCAAUUUACACAAUCAGCGAAAACGUUGAAAAAUUUAGUCUUUAUAGAAAAAAUCUAUAUAUUUCAUCGAAUAGCAGGCCUCUAUUUGUUAGGAUAUAAUAUUUUUUGGUAAUCGUCUCCAUAUUUUUGUAAAUUGCAUUAGAAUAACUCUAAAACUUAGUUAUUUUUGAACCAAUGUAAUCGUGAAAUGUGGCUUUACGUCCAAACUAAUUAAUAAUAUAUUAUUCAAAUAAAUGCUCCCAUUGAUAAAUGAAAACCCAUAACUAGGCCAUCAUUGGGAAGUAGAAUUUACCAGAAAUAAAUUCAGUGUCAAAAAUCAAAACUAGUACUUUCAGUCAAAGGCAAUUGAAAAAGUCAUAAUGUAUAUGUUACAUAGAAACGGAUUAUAACUUUUGUAGCUGUGUCUUGUGACAAAAGUUUAGAGAAGAGUGAAAUCCAUAAGAUUGUGCAAUAGAAACGCUGCAACUAGAUGAAAGGGAAGCAGAAUUUGGUAAACACAAGGCAGUCCGUUUAUCUGCCUGCCAAACUCUCAUUUACAUAGGAAGAAAAAUUCUAGGAGAUAACUUAGUCGAAGAGUCUCCAAAGCCAGCGAUCUCCUAUUCUGGUGAGCAUCUGUGGGCUAAAGCGAUGACGACCAAGGGUACUACAAAGGAAGUACCCAGGUAAUCAGGACCAACAAGGCUUCCACAUUCUUAGUAUUAAUAGUAAUAUAAUUGGUUCAAGUCAUCUAUGUUCCAAACAAACCUAAAUAGAGUUGAGUGGUUCAUGUUUGGUUUGAAUAGGUUUGAGUAGAUGGAAGCAUUUUAUAUUCAGCAAGAGUACAAGAUCAAAUAGUUUGUAUAUACUAAAAUACUAAUUAGAAGCUUCAUUUUCAUGCGAGACAAAAGUAAUAUAAGAGAUAAAACGGAUUCAGGUAAUGUAAACUGAUUUUCAAGUCUGAUACAAGCUCGAAUCAUGGAAAUAAGAAUUAUAAGAAAACUAUUUUCUGCAAAAAUCAUUUGAUAACUUUUUAUCGGAAUUUCCAAAAAGAUAUUUUGCAAAAUUCAAGUAGUUAUAAACAUAUAUGAGACAAAUUACUUCAAUUUCUUCAUUCUUAGGUCUUUACAUUAUCAGAUAUAUUUUGAUUAAGGUGAAACGUCUAAAAUGUUUUUAUAUAAGAAAAAACAUAAGACCUGAAAGCAUUUUUCAUUCAUAUCACUUCGACUUUUUAGCAUGCUAAUAUUUAUUGAUACUAUAGUAUCGAUUUGCAAUAUUCAAAUACUGAAAUCGGACAUCAAAAUUGCAACGAGCUGUUCAUAAUACAGCAAAUUGAAUCAAUUGUGAUAAUGUAAUUUUGAAAUUAUCCAUCACAUCAUUGUACGAGCCAACGCCGCGGUAUCGUUGUCAAAAUUUUCUAUAAGGUGCAUUGGAAUAGAACAUGGAAUUAAAUCAUCUACUAUCACCGUUUUUUUCACCGGACAACGGACCGUCAAUAAUCGGCUAUCCUUGUAUAUGUUACCGUUAAUGUUCAAUGUUAAGAUGCGCCAGUGUAUGUCGACAAUUACCAAUUUCGAUGGUGUAACUGUUCUUAAUUUAUACUUGAAUCGGACAUACACCGGUUAACGGACACGGAGGAGACACUGUGAACCUUAGAUUCGGCGAUUUACAAUUUGUGUGAAUGUUAACAAACGCCACUGUUUAUUCGAAAAGCGAAAACGUCAUAUAUACUGUUCUCUCUUUAAUAUACGCUGCUUCACUCACUGACCACAGUCGAAAAUGAAUGCGUCGCUGCGCUAUAUUAUUUCAACACAUGCAACGAAGAGACUAUGUUUGUUUAACCUAACCUAACCUAACUUAUCUACCUCUACCUAGUGUAUGUAGGUUGUUUUAAUAAUUUCGAUUAAUAAACAAAUUGCAGUUUGUGACUUCAUUAGUCAAAUACUGGCCCAGAACUUCUGUUUCCACACAUCAUUAUUUCUCUAUAUCAAUCAGACAGGCAUCAUAAUUUCGGUCAUAAUGAACAUUGACCAAGUCGUCCUGGUCUAUGAUAACAGUCUCCGGUGAAUGACCGAAAUCGUCAUGAAAAGGAUAAAUAACGGUCAUUCACCAACUACCUUGGGAAUGUUAACAGGCACCAGAGUAUCUUGACAUAUACUACAUUUCGGACAUUCACAGUAACAUAUACAUAUAUUUUUUUACCGGUUGGAUGUUACCUGGGACUGCCGUCGCACAUGCGCUAGUUAAAUAACUGGUAGUCAGAAAUUACGCACGUGUGAAAUGAUUAAUAAGAAAAUAACUCGUAUUGGCCUACUAUUUGUACAUGAAGAAACAAAAAGAAAUAGAAAAACAUAAAAGGUCAUUGUAGAUAAAUCAUAUAUUAUUGGAAAGGGAAGAAUAUGGUGUAUAUCAUAGUCUUUUUACGCAGUUGGAGGAAGAAAGAAAUCUUUCAACUUUUAUUAUCAGCCAUAUAUAAUAAAAUAACACACUGUACAGGCCUAUUUUCAACUAAACUUAUUAACAAUUCUAUGUCAAUAGCAGCUAGACAGGUAGACGGCACUUCAUUUGCAGAAAACAGGCAAUACGUCCGACAGCGUCAACACGCACCGAUACACUGGCGUGUAUGUCCGCACUUUCUUACACCAGAACGGUGUCGGGCACGCCGCAGUGUAUUUUAAUUCAGUUUUAUGUUUAAAAAAACGAAACGAAGCAGCGGCAUUGGUAGUCCUUAAUAUGAGUUUGUCUAAAGCCCAUUAUAUGGAUCUAAAAAUUUGCCAUAAAUGGAUAUUGCAAAAAAUUCAAAGCAUUCAAAUAAACAGUUUCUUCUAAAAGAGUCGCCGACGUUCGACGAAAACAAUGACCAUGUACUUUGUAGAUUUGUUAAAAACCAAAUAUUUUACGAUAAUACAGGAUUUUUAUAGAAACGAGUUAUAGAUUCUAACGGUUAAUAGAUUAUAGUGUCCUGUAUGUAAAUAAGAAAUAGCUCAUUUUCGAAGCAGUCGUGUGACCACAAAGAAAUAUAAUCUUUUAUAAGUGUCCAACUCUUUAUUACAACUCGUUUUUUGUAAAUUUAUUAUGUAUACUACACGCGUGACUCAAAUGUUUACUACCAACAAAUUGGUCAUAUGAAUAAUCUCCGCAUUUUCCCAAUAACGUGUUUGCGGUGCCUUUUCAGCCUUCUAUACAAUUUCGACGAGAAUUUCGAAAUCUUUUUCAAUUGAUAUAAACCUUUCGCAGAAUUCCUUACUACUUAGAACCGUUGAUACAUAAAUAAUAAUUAUUUAUUUUGAAUUCGUAUUAUCUCUUCAAACUUAUACUCCUCCUCUACCCCUACAAUGUAACAAGCUAAACUAUUAUUUGACAUAGUGUAAAACGUUUACUUCUAUCAUUUCUUUGAGGAUGCGUGUUGUUUCAAUUUUCAAAAUUUCAACGGACUCAAAAAAUGAAAAAAUACAUCGUCGUUACGAAUAAAUAUUUUCCAUUAGCAGUUCAAACUUAAGAGUUGUAGGCACUAGCUUAACACAUUGACUACCUUAUAGUUAUUUCAAUAGAUUAUAGGUUGCGAUGAGAUUUUUUCAAAUUUACCUCAUUGAAUUUCAGGAAUUUAUUACUCAACAACAACUUCUUCUCUUCUUCUGCUAUCUAUUAAUGAAUGUGUGCGAUCACUUCUGACCAUUUUAUCUUGUCUCUGGUGGUGUCAAUUAAUUCUCCUGUGGUUCCUACCCCUGCCAAAUUUUGAUAUGGUUGAGCCACGACAUCUUCUCUUUGCCGAAUCACCUUCUUCCCUCUAACUUCUUAUUCUCCUCGGAAUGUUACCGUUGGUUUUUCUUGCCGUCCAUGGAACUCUCAAAAUUCUUCGGUAGAUCCACAACUCAAAUGCCUAAAAUCUGUUCAUGGUGUUAACUAUCAGUGUCCAGACUUCCAUACCGUAUAAUAGUGUGUUGACAUUGAUUCUCAUAGGACAACUGUGUAUUCCAACUGUGCCCAGGAGCCUUAGGAGGUCAUUCGUGUUGUCUGCUAUCAAGACUGUGUCAUCGGCAUAUCGUAUAUUGUUUCUGGAUCAGAGAAUGCACUCCUGCACUGACAUUAAACACUGUUUUUUUUGUAUAAAAUUUAGUGAAUACCAACGGUAUUGUUGAAGCUUGAGAAAGAUCCUUUUAUAUUCUUUUAUGGUAUAUAAAAUUCUAUGAAAGAGCAUAAACUUUUUAUUUUAUUUUCUAAACUAGUAUAUAAUGCUGCUCACUUCAUUAUUUCAGAAAUAGAUGUAACAACACAUUUCUAAAAUUAAUCAUUUUCUGACGUUCUAAUAGUUAAAGUUAAUUAAAUUGGUCGAUAAUUGGAUGUAUUUACCUAUAUUCCACUCCUUCUUAUUCGAAAAAUGUGUUAAGUUGUUAAAAUAAUAAUGAAAUAUACCAUAAUAGUAACCUGCUUCUAGCACAAUUUCUAGAUGUAAGCGUGAUUUCGUGACAGCACGUGGCCUCUCGUGGCGUUUUGCACCCUGAACUCAUUAUUCUGUUCACUAACAGAGGGCCCAGUAGUAAACUCCAAACAAAUAGCAGCGAAGAAUAGUUUGUAUGCAAUAUACAUAGUUAUUCAUUGUACAAAUGUUGAAGGUAAUAUUCUAAUCAAGUACCUAUACACCAUAUCAAUUGUACUGUACAAUAUAUGAUGAUAACUUUUUUAUUGAAAUUCAGCAUUAACUAAAAAAAGGAACGGUAGUUAUUGGAUGUACUACUGUGUAUUUUCGGUUUAAAAAUCAGUUUAUAAAUAUAUAAACGUUUUUCAAAAAAUAGUUAAAGAAGCUGAAAAAGCUCCUCCAGUUUUAUUACGAAAAAAUAUUUGCUGAGUUCCAUAAGUUUUGCUAUAAACGACGUUAAGAAUUCAUUAUCAGUAAAAUUGUAAGUUAAUCAAAAAGAAACUGCAGAUUACACAAAGAUUUCUGAAACGUCUGAAGAAAUCACUAGAAUCGCUCAUAUUCAAAAAUUUGGACUACCAGCAAGACAUAAAAUGUUUGUGUUUUACAUUCGACAGAAGCAUGGAUGAUUUGAGUUUUGAGAAAAUGUUAAAAACCAUAUUUUAUUCGAUCGAAGGUCUUUAAUAGAAUAAUAAUCCACUUUUCUGUCUUGGCAUAUAAUUACUAUUUUCCCAACCACAGGUUUAUCCUCAUCUAAUUAUAAACUUACUCGUAUAUAACUAGCUCUAUUACAUGUCAACAAUAGCUCCAUAAUUGCUAUUUUUUAAUAUAACCGAUAAAAUUUACACACUCAAAAAACCAGGUUGGUUUUCUUUAGGAUCUGAAAAAUUGUUUUGUCAGUUUCACUUGUUAUUAUAGUAAAUAAUUUUUUCUACGCCCAUGUCUGUAAACUUCAAAAAUCGCAUCGUCAACAUUCCUUCUAAAUGACAUUUAACAAUAACAUACACGUUAUGAGAUCUCAUAACAUACACGUGCAUUUUGAGAUGAAAACUUAAACUUCUUGAUUUAAUUAAAUUACAAUCAAAUUUUCAUUUACGUAAAACUUUAUUUGGUCUAUUUACACAAAUUUAGUCAAUUAAAAAACAUAAAAACUUUUAGCAAUAGCCAGAUAUAUUUAGGAUUGAAAGAGUGAUGCCCCUAAAUGUAGGCAGCACAUUAUGCAAUAGGACACGUUUUCUCAAGUAGCAUACAGAAUGGGAGUAGAAGAAGUAUAGUACGUUACACGAGGUGUAAGCCCAUUACUAUUAAAUUGUUUUAUUCGAUCGAAAUCGAAAAAAAACUGGGUGACUGUUAAAUAGUUUCAAGCAUAUUUUUAAAUACCGUGUCAUAGCUAGGCGUGGGGAUGAGGUCCCGUAAUAAGCUUCAGGAGAUGUCUAUACUUCACAACUUUGUACAUCUUAAAAAUUCUUUUUUAAGUGAGACUGCAAAGCCGAAACAUUCAAAGUUCGCGAUUCUUCGAGCAAAAGAAAAGGGAUUCUUGCUUAUCAGUCUUCACCCACAUACUUAAAAUACAAUUUUAAAUAUGGUAAAUUCCCGACUUCAAACUAAUCUUACAGGACCUUGUACAAUUUAUCGAUUUUUAACUGAGAAAUUUAUUCUACUCAUGAUGAAAGUCUUUGUUGGAAAGAAUCAUAGAUAGGGGAGUAAUAGAAAAAAGACGAUACACAAGAUGAAAAACCACGUCGCUCUAUAACAGAAAUAAGUGAAAAAAAGAAUCUUAAUCGAUCGUGGACAAUUAAUUAGAAAUAUCUUUCAACGGCCGUAGACAGUUCUUUCCUUUCCUUUCCUUUCCUGAAAGGGCGUCCAUUAAAUAUCUCUUGCUAUGGACGAAGGCUAAUUAUCGGAAUUAUAAACUCUACCAAUUUUUGAGAUAUGCUGGAACACUGAUUUGACAGCUUCAAACUUCAAGCUUCAAGGAAACUAGCUUCCCAAAGAGCACCUUGUCCAUAGAGAUUCACUAUAUGGUCAUAGAUUCACAGAUAGUAUAUGUAAAAUUCAUUCAGGAUACAAGUCUCUAAACUGAGACUAAUUCUUACAGAACAGAGUGUUGUUCAGGUUUCAUGUGUUUGAUAUAACCAUGACGUGGCGUUGCUAGGGUUGGACGUAAAAGCGUUAUACAGGGUUACCUGUGCUCCAAUUAAGUUGGUUGAUUAUUUUGAAGUUGAUUAAUCAUUUUUUCCACCCCUCGAUGACAACGCCGACCCACUAUAAAGCGCCCUUCAUUUCAAGACCUUUAUGCGAGACCAUGGUUCCGUUUAACAACAAUUGCAUAUGGUAUAUGAGUGAACUGAACGACAUUCAGUGGUAUUCAACUGUGAAUUCCUAUCAGAUAUUUUACAUAAACUUCGCUCGUAUUUAAACUGUAGAACAAUUGAUUGAAUUUAUAAUUAUCAUAAUUAAAAUUGUAUUAUACUUAAAGCCGAAACUCACAAGCAACACGCCACGCCACGCUACAUGUUGAAUAUGUGUGCAUAUGUCCAUUUAAUUCAAUUGUCUGCUUACACAGCACACCACAUGGCGCCCCACGCCACGCUAUUCCACGUGAGAAGUUUCAAACCGACGCGUGGUAAGACGUAUUGAUACCAAUCUCUUGGCUUUGUAUGCCAGUCUACGGAAAAGUUUUAUCGCAUUGGGGUUAUAUUAAAGUUUGACUCGAAAUGCAACAGAAAAAGUGCGGUAAUAUGAUUUCUUAUAUAUACAAACAAAUGUAUACACAACGAUGUACCACGUGAACAGAAGUCGCAUAACGUGAGGUGGCGUGGCGUGUUGCUAGUGGGCUUCGACCUCUAUUGUUCUAUAUCUAUACGUUGCCGUUUUCAAAGUUUAUUAAAAAAAAUUAUUGUGAACGUAUUGUGAUUUUAGUAUCAAUUUAUGACUUAGAUUGCAUUUAAUACUACUUAUGCAUUUUUGUUUAUACAUGGUUUAUUUACAUAAUACCAAUAUCUUUGUUUUUAUUAUUUUGUACAUAAUUUUCAAUUAUUAAGGAACUAUCAAUAACUAUGUUGGAAAACAAUCCACUGGCAGUAUUAUAUGAUAUGUUUCAAUCAUUAAAUACUAAUAAAAGAAAUAUUUUAGAAAUUUAUUACAAAUCAAAUAUACAAAUGUUUUUGUUAACUUCUGUUAAAAGAUACUAGUUAAUUGGUAGUCGAGGAAAUAUUACAAAAACAAGCAAAGCCUGAGAGAUAUACCUGCAAACCUCAUACACUCCUUUUGUCGUGAUAUUCGUAUUCAGCAACCUCGAAAACCUCCAGGAAGUCACCCCGGGCACCAACUACUAGGCAGGUUAUCGUGUUCAACGUUCUCGAAAACUCACGAGGGGUAAAAUUUAUUUUCGGUAAUAUUUUGCGAGCUAUAAAUUGUUCAUUUCUUAACCAUUCGAAAUGUACGCUUCAAAAUACAUUUUUCUUCUACACAUAUGCAAUUUUAAUAUUUUAUUCAUAGUUUUUGUUCAUAAAAUUUCAUGAGGUUUUCGAAUGAACCGAAUGCACUUUGUUGUAUCUUGAUCGAUCUUACUGUUCAGAACUUCCUAGGUUAUGUGCUUCAUUUCCUCGACUAUAACAUAUGGUAUAAUUGUUUCAUUCUUAUAGAUCUUACUUUACAAUGAUUGUAGCCGACACAUGCAAGCGAACAGUGUGGUUACGACAACGGCGUCUAAACAGAAAUUCCACAAUGUAACCAUCCAUGUGAUAAUCAAGGUGGCCAUAUUUUGGCAUAUUUUCACGUGCAUCACACCACACUCGCUCCAAUUUUUGAAUGUAUGCACCGGAAACAGGAUCCACGAGUAUGAUUAACUGUCACGUGCUUGAAACCUAUAAUAUUAAAUAAAAGAAAUUCCUAAAUUUUUCACGAUAAACUUUCAACGAUUGACCUAACCUACCUACCAUAACCUAACCUAACCUAACCUAACCUAACUUAACCUAAAAUAACCUAACUCAACCUAACAUAACCUGACCUAUCAUCAUAUGCUAUUGCUGUAGAUGACCUCCUAUUCCGAUAUAAUGAUGGAUAAUUAUUGACAUUCAAUAUGCAUAUGGUAAUGAGUGUUAUAACGGGAAAUAUGUGUCUCCCCCAGCUUUAAAGUACUUGUGGAGUCCUAAAAAACAACCCAAAAUUUAUUUCUCAAUAAUCAUCUCGGGUUUGGUAUUAUCAGCAUCUGUAUCACUUGUGUUUUUAUUGUCUUCUAUAACAUUCAUUCAACGUAUAAAACAAAAUAAAAACACGAUGGUAAUAACAACAAAAAGAAACUAUACGAUAUAAUUUUGUUUCCUUUUGUCUUAUAGCAGCUCUAUUAUGUGGUUACAGGGCCUGAUUAAGAUUUAUAAGCCACGGGGCUAAAAUAAUGACGGGGUCCCCUUAAGGAAUUAGGAAACCCUAAAAAACUCACAAAAUAAUAUCAAUAUAUUUGUGGUAUCAACACAUCAAAAAAUAAAGAAUAAUUUCCAAAUGAUGGAGCCCUCUUGAACCUGGGGCCCGGGGCUAUAGCCCCCCCAAGCCCCUAACUUAAUCCGGCCCUGUGUGGUUAGGAUAUUAGUUUAUAUUAGGUGAGAAAUAAUUGAUUUUAUUAGUAAAUACAUCAUUCCAAGAUUUAUGUUGAUUAAAAGUCGAAAAAAAUAUGAUUUAUUACAAUGCAAUUUCAAUAAUUGAUAAAAACCUGACCAAUAUUUCGUCGAACAUUUUGUAAUGACCUAUUAGAAUAUAAAUUUAAAAUUCAUUGUAUCGUUAGUUUAAGUAAUGAAAAUCAAUAAUAACCGCUAAUUUAUUAAACAUAAUUGCAAAAAAUAUAUAAUUCCACUUAGGUAUCCCGCCUUCAUAUUUAUCAAAACCGUUUUUAUCUAUCUGCUUUGCUUUCAGAAAUAUAACUUCAGUAAAAAAGCACUACAAAAAUUAAUUUAAUUUUCAAAAGAAGCCUGAAAUUAUAAUUCAGCUAUUAUGUAAUCAUAUACAAGUCUAUGUACCCUUUUAUCAUUUCCCCACAAGAGAAAAUUUUUUGGUCAAAUAUUUAUUCUUGUUCAUCACUAAAGUAAAAUGGUUCAAAUGAGAUUUGAAAUAAUAGACAUUAACCAAACCUAACCUAACGUUCAUACUGUAACCAAGAUCUUUAGACAAGAUAGAUAAAAAUACUCAUACAUUUAGAAAAAUGAAUCAGCAAAUAUAAACCCGACGAACUAGAAGCAAUAAACGAGCAGAUUUUGGAUUUCAUCAAACUCAAUUUUUUAUUAGGAUAAUAAAUAAAGGAUUUUAUUUAUUCUUCUAAGACCAGUGACUUUGUGAAUAGGUUGCACUCUUAGUAAAACACACCAUGGGAAAAACAUGGAUUUCCCGAAUUUAGACCACAAACCUUCAAAAGUUGGCUUGUGAUCGAAAAUUAUUUAAACUCAAACUGCAAAUUGGUUAGGAUAAUAGAGAUCCUCGGAAUGAGAACACGGUGUUUUUCACGUGCAUUUUUUUCUCAGUCAUAUAAAUCGCAUUUCAAAUUAGUGAACAAAUUACUCAUCUUCUUUCUCGCACAUUUAUUCGACAUCUGUGUUGUAUGGGCUAGACAGUGAAUGACUAUUUGACUUUGGUUAGGAAUUCGUUCCAUAAGUUGUACUAAUUAUUUGCAUGUAUUAUGAUCACUUAAAACAAAAUAACUCCAGGAAAAUGUCUGAAAUCUGAAGUGAAAUCUACACUUCUAUAUGUCGAAAAAUGGCAAGGUUAUUAAUUAAUAAUUUCUCAAUUUACACACCAACAAACCCGAAAACUUGUAUCUUUCAACGAAUAGAACGAACUAACUACUAUGGCAAGAUAACCACUCCAUAACGUGUCUUUAGCCUCUUACCUCUCAUGGAGUUAUCAUAGCAAAUUUAUUAUUUUAAAGUUCAUAUCUGAGAAGUUUGCAAUCGAUUUUUUCUAUAGAUAUAGAAAUAAUAAGUCACGCUUAUAGUACAGGCAAAUUUAAGCUAAGAUCUUAAAUUAAAUUGGGUGGUUUUGAUCUUCUAGAUUCGGAAAGUUUUGGGAUACUGAAUAUAUCUAGCAACUCUUAAUAAAAUUACGAGCAUGGAUUUUCAAAAUGUUGCGACUUGAAAUUCAAAAAAAUUUUUAAACGCGAAUAACUCGUAAACUAUGAAGAAUUCGAAAAAACUGCCAUAACAAAAAACAAAAUUUUUACUUUAAAAUGAGUUUUUACACUAAAAAAUAUUUUGAAUUGCGAAUAACACGAUAACUACGAGGAAUUCGAAAAAAAAUGUUGGAGCAAAAAAUGUAGAACACAAAUUUCUCUACAGAUUGGUCUCCAAGCAUGUUUUCCUAAUCUCAAAAUUUUCAAAAUUUGCUCAUGUACUCAAAAACAUUUUGAAUUGCGGUUAACUAGAAAACUAUGGGGAUUUCGAAACAAAAUGCCGGACAAAAAAUGUGGAGCACAACAUUCUCCAUUAUAAAAUGGGUUUGAACACUCAAAAAUGUAGAGCACAAAAUGAGUACUCACAGUUUUUUGAAAGAGAAACUAUUAAAAAGUCUGUGAAAAUUGAAAUAAUAAUCAAUCGAGAACGAAUAUAGUAUUUUUAUAAGUUAGUUCAUUUGAAACCAAGAAGUAAUGUGUUUAUGGGUGAUUCCGUUCUAAUUGUGAUUUUUUGUAUUCAAAAUUUCAAGAUUUUAAAAUUUAACUUUUCUAACUUUUUUAUGCAUAUUAUUCAUCUAUUUUACUGUAAAAAUAAAACUCUAAGAGGAAUUUACUACAACUUCAAAGUAUCACGAGCAAGACACAAAUGUCGGAUUUUGAGUUCCACGGUACUGACUCAUUUAUCCACGGUACUGACAUGGUAACUUAAGAUAUUAAACAACAAGUGCAUCAAUUUUCCUUAGUUUGAUCAUAAACAUUAGAAUUUAUAAGGUAAUUAGUUUAAAUCAUUUGUUACGACAAAAAAAAUUAAUAAUUUAUCGGUAAAUUCUAGGAAUGGACAUGACACGGUACUGACAUUCAAGUGAUGUAGUAUAAGUUUUCUUUAAGUGGCAAGUUAUAUUGUAUAAAAAUAAUGUUUAAAUAUCUUAAGAAUUAUUCAAUUAACACAAAAUUUUUAUUAAUUGAUUAUUAAUUAAUGACUAGUACAAAAAAACAAUACAGGACAUUGAAUAUCACAGUUAUAAUGGAAUCACCCUUAUAUACAUGAAAAUUUUGAGAAUAACACGAACGACAAAUCGCUUGUUGGAUUUGUUUGUUUAUAUGGCGAGUGAUGAAAUAUAUCCAUUGAAACUUCAAAUGCUUUUAUGGCCAAUAUACCAAGAUUCUCAAAAAUUAUGCUAGCUUACUCCAGUAUAAAAUAGAGAUGUUAACCAUCAUGAUGCAUUUCUAUUUUUUUGAAAACUAAAUAGUUUUCCAAGAGUUAGAGCAGUUUUUAUGUGCGAUGGAACGUAAAUUGGCUUGAUUCACACUGGCAGGAAUUCGCAAGCGGAUGCUACGGCUUUCGACGUUGAGGGAAAAAGAGAAAAAAAUCACCAGAUACGUUUUUUGCAGAAAAUUUGAGGCUUUACAUUUUUUGUUAGUUUUUUUCGAAUUCCUCCUAGUUUUCAAGUCAUUCGCGUUUAAAAAUAUUUUUGAGUUACAAGUUUCCAAAAUUUCGAAAACCCGUGCCCGUAAUAUCGUUAAGAGUUGCUAGGUUUAUUCAGAAGCCGAAAAUCAGAAGCGCCCAAUUUAAUUUCAGGUUUAAUCCCAUUUUACCUAUACUAAAAACACAUUUUAAGCACCUUUACAUUUAAUAAAAGGCUCCAAUAAUGUGGAAUUCACUAACACAAAUCUGUGUUGAUUAUUCAAUUUUUGACAUCCUACAAACACUAAGUCAUUUUGUGUGGAAAAAAUCCUUUUCUCGCGUGGAAUACAUCGUAAGUUUAGGGAUUGGAUAUAUUUUUUAAUCUAGAAAUGAGGAAGUCAUUAAGUCAUUUAUCCCGCUUUAGUCAAAAACUUUUAUGGAAACUUUUGGCAUGUGGUUAUUUGACUUCCUUAUUUUGAUCUCUAAUUUCAUUUGGAAAGUGCUGUAGCUGUUAAAAAUGAAACUAGUAAUAUAAACUGUUUUGUAGCAGAUGGUAUAUUAAAAUAAGUCUAUUUAUCGCGGUCAUCCAAAUUUGUAAAAUAACAAUAAAUAUGGCGGUUUUUAAAUACUCGGUCAGAUCACUGUGUUCUGUUUACCUAUCAUCGCAAACUAAGACACUAUUUUCAGUCCAAAUUACAUGCCCGAAAGUAAUCAUAUUAAAUAGUUUCCACCCAAUAAUUUAUCAAUUGACUAUAAUACAUAGUUUAAAUCAAAUCUGAUAGAUAGAAACUAAGAUUUUGAAUGUACCGAAAUCUACAUAAAAUGUUAGAAGUGUCUUCUUCAAAAAGUUAAAUUGAAAUAACUAUGUGUUACUAAAGCAAUUACAUCUUCAUAUUUGUAUCGAUUGCUUACAUAUCGAACAAACAUCAACCUGUUUGUUAUUUUUAAUUCUCUCGUACCUAUUUAUGUUGCCACUAAUUUUCCCCUUAGAUCAGUAUUAGUAAUUUUGAUGAAUGUUAAAUAGUUGUUGAUAUAUUUUGUGUUAAAACCAUCAACUACAGAAAUUCACAAGAGCACGUUGUUAAAAAUUAUAUGUGAAUAAAAAUGUGAAACAUUCAAA